AUGUUGAAUCGUAAGUUGCGCGUGCUGCUCAUCAUAAGCUACUACCACAUGCUCAUCUAUGGGCUGAUGCCAACAACGCUGAAAAUUGGCAACUGCAACUUGGCCAUAGCGAAGGUAUCCGCCGGCUAUAUGAUCUAUAGCGUUUUCCUGACCGUGGUGCUAUUGUUGGAGGUACCGUGUAUGAUGCCCGGCGGCCUCUUCAGCGGUUAUAUGAGGAACAACAUUGUGCUGCAGUGGGCUCUGAUUGUAGGACUGUUGGUACGCAUUAUUGCCAUUUUGAGCUGCUAUGGGUUGGUCUGGCUACAACGCCAACGGCUAAUACAGCUUUACAGAGACUUUCUUGUGCAUUGGAGGGCCCACUGGCAAAUCCUGUGCCGUGUUGCCGGCGAAGAGUCACUGGAACGAAUGCAAUUGAUUCUAGCGGGACUACUGCGCCGCAAGCUGUGCAUUAAUUAUGCGAUGCUCUGCUGUUCAAUUCUAAUGCAAUAUCGGUUGCUCAGCUCGGGUAAUCGUUUGCAGCUGUUGAUGCAUGCUGCUGCAAUGCUGAUGGUUUCAGUGGUUCGAGUUGGUUUUUUUACGCUGCUUCUGCUGCUCAAUCAUCAGUUUCGGGCUGUUCAACUCUCGCUGCAGGCCCUGUGCCGGCGCGUGAGAUCGCGCACGCAGGAGGAUCUGAGACGCAUUGCUGCCAUACACGCCGAGUGGGUCAUUUUGGCUCGACGCGCAUUUAGCAUUUACGACGUGGCUAAUGCCAGCAUCUUUCUGAAUAUGUUUGCCGUUAAUGUGAAUAUUCUCUACCAUGCCGUGCAAUUUGCUAAUCAGACAAUAGAGUCCGAUAACUGGGGAUUUCUCAUUGGCGAUGGACUUAUUGUAUUCAACUUUUGGAAUUCGGCCUUAAUUAUGAAUAUGGUGGAUAGUGCUAUAAACUCAUGCAAUGAUUCGGCUCAGCUCGUUAAACAGUUUAACGAUCUAUACACACUGAGCCCGGAGUCAGAGAAAGAGUUGGAGCUAUUUGUGAUUCGCCUACGCAACAAUCGUCUUGUCUAUCGAAUUUGUGGCUGUGUGGUCCUCGACAAGCCUGCCUGUCUGGGGUACUUAGCGACCGUACUGUGCCACGUCAUCUUUCUAAUGCAAUUUGAUCUGAAGCGUAGGUAUGAAAACGGCUUGACAAAAUAG